GUGUGGUGAAAAAGGCCACUAUUCGAGAGAUUGUCUUGCAGAAAGAGAAACACCAGUUCCCCGUGGAGAAAAACCUACUCAACCCAACAGGACCGCAAAACGUGAAACUGAGGCACACUACGGUGGAGUUAACGAUGUUUAUAACGAAAGAGAAAUGUACACUAUCGAUGAUAGGUACCAACCUUAUGAUGGAGAAGAUAGGGAGCAUACUCAAUCUAACUCAGAAUCGCAAUGGGAAGAAACAAGAAAACGGUCAAUAUCCAACCUAGAGAAUUUGAAGAAACCUACCCUCUAG